UGGAGUAGAGGAGUGGUGAUGGAGCGUAAAGGGGGCAGGACUUUUCCGCGCCGGGUCCUAUUAAGCGCUAACUUUGUGAUUUUGUUCUCCAAGUUCAGCCCAGCCUGCACACAGUUUGUCUGCACUCGGCUUUUCCCUGCCAUCCUUGCUCCUCUCAAUGCUUUUGUCGCCGCUCUUUAACAGGACAUGGAAGGAUGCGCUUUUUGGUCCAACAAAUAAGCUGCCUCCGCAGCUCGUCCGGGCUUCGUUGGUUUGGGAUUCAGACGGAGUAUAGCGUGUAAAUGCUGGACUGCGUGGAAUGAACCAUGGCGAAGCUCUUUGGUGCUGCGGCCGGUGGCGUGCUUUGGUUCCGUAUUCUGUUGUUCUGUGUGCUGCUGGAAUUGGAGCCCGGUGCCGCCGCUGUCUCCAUUUUCCAGGGUUUCUAUCUCCCACCUGCGAACGGUUCGCAGGUCGCAGCAGCCAGGAGGACGGAUGGGGUCGUUCGGACCGUUGACCGGAUUUACAACGGAGGCGGGAGGGCUGGAUACCUCGUCUACUUGGAUGGGAGUCGCUUUCAGCUAGACAUGGAACGCGAUGAGUCAGUUCUCUCGCAUCACUUCAGCCCAAAGUACGUCUCCGCUAUGAUGGGUAGCAGCUCCGAGUCUUUGCAGAGGGACUGCAUUUACCGCGGGACGGUCAACACCAACCCGGAGUCCUUGGCCGUCUUGAACCUCUGCGGCGGAGGUCUGGAAGGCUUCUUCGCAGUGCACGGCGUGCGGUACACCGUUACGCCCAUCGUCCGCGCCAAGGGACACGAGCACGACGCGCGCGCUCUGCAGGACAAGGACGCCGAAGACGCCCUCCACGUGUUUAUGCGUGAGAACUUCGUUUUUGAAGCUGCGCGCGACGGUCACAAGAGCUGUGGGACGCGCGACGGACGCAGAGGGCGCAGGCACGCGGCUGGGAAGAGUCGGCGCAAAAGGCGCGGGGGGGCAACGAGGCCGGACAGACGGAGGCUGUACGUGAAUGGCCCGGGCGCGCACGGGCGGGGAUGGUGGAGCCGCUUCCUUGGAAGUGCAGCUGCGGACUACCACAUGCGGCGCAAGAGGUCGGUCUCCCGCGCGAGACACGUCGAGCUGCUUUUGGUCGCGGACGAGACUAUGACUAAGAAGUACGGCAAGGACUUAAACCACUAUCUCCUCACGGUUGCCACUAUUGCGUCCAAACUGUACGGGCACGCCAGCAUCGAGAACCCCAUCCGGCUGUCUGUGGUCAAAGUAACCGUGGUCACCGAUAAAGACAAAGGGCUCGAAGUGUCCAAGAACGCGGCGGCCACUCUCAAGAGCUUUUGCAAGUGGCAGAACCAGCAAAAUCCGCUAGACGACCACCACCACCACCACCACGACGCCGCCAUCCUCUUCACUCGGCAGGACCUCUGCGGCCAUCACUCCUGUGACACUCUGGGAAUGGCAGACGUUGGCACUAUCUGCUCACCUGAAAGAAGCUGUGCUGUCAUUGAGGAUGAUGGGCUUCACGCUGCAUUCACAGUGGCGCACGAGAUCGGCCAUUUGCUCGGUUUGUCCCAUGACGACUCCAAAUUCUGUGAAGAGCGUUUUGGCGUGAACAGCGACAAGAGGUUGAUGUCCUCCAUCCUCACCUCAAUUGAUGCAUCCAAACCUUGGAGCCGCUGUACGUCGGCCACCAUCACAGACUUCUUUGACGAUGGCAAUGCCGAGUGUCUUCUCGACACCCCCCGUCAACCUCUAUUGGGUCCCGAAGAGCUCCCGGGGCAGAGCUAUGAUGCCGUACGCCAGUGCCGGCUGGCUUUUGGGCCAGAAUACACCGUAUGCCCUGGUAUGGACGUGUGCGCCCGGCUGUGGUGUGCAGUUAUUCGCCAGGGACAGAUGGUGUGUCUGACCAAGAAGUUGCCAGCUGUGGAAGGAACACCCUGCGGAAAGGGGCGAAUCUGCCUGCAGGGGAAGUGUGUGGACAAAACCCGUAAGAGACAUUACUCGUCAUCAAACCAUGGCAGCUGGAGCUCCUGGGGGUCUUGGGGGUCUUGCACUCGAACGUGUGGUGGUGGAGUCGAAUUCGCCCAGCGGCUAUGCAACAACCCCCCACCACGGAACAAUGGGCGUUACUGCACUGGGAAGAGAGUCAUCUUCCGGUCUUGCAAUGUUGCCCCAUGCCCACCAUUGAAUAAGAGUUUCCGACAGGAGCAAUGUGCGUUACGAAACGGCCCACAGACAGAUCCUAAAGGCGUAAAAACAUUUGUUGAGUGGGUGCCCAAAUAUGCUGGGAUUCUUCCUAAAGACGUGUGCAAACUCACCUGCAGAGCGAAAGGAACUGGCUACUAUGUGGUAUUCUCGCACAGGGUAAUAGACGGGACCGAAUGUCGUCCUUACAGCAGCUCGGUGUGCGUGAAGGGGAAGUGUGUGCGAACAGGCUGUGAUGGCAUCAUAGGCUCCAAGCUUCAGUUUGACAAGUGUGGUAUAUGCGGAGGUGACAGCACAGGAUGCAUACGGGUUGUCGGCAACUUCACCAAGAAAAGUAAGGGCUACACAGAUGUAGUGAAGAUCCCUGUAGGCUCCACGCACAUAAAGGUUCGUCAGCACAAGGCAAAAGACCAGACCCGUUUCACCGCCUACCUUGCUCUCCGGAGACCCAAUGGGGACUACCUCCUCAAUGGCAAAUUCAUGAUCUCCACCUCCGAGAGCCUCAUCCCGCUCAACGGCUCUCUGCUUAACUACAGUGGCUGGAGUCAAAGGGAUGAGUGGCUCCACAGCAUGGGCCCUGGGGCCCUCCAAGAAGCUUUGGUAGUCCAGAUCCUUGCCACAGAUGCUAAAAAGCCACUGGAUGUUCGUUACAGCUUCUUCGCACCCCGCCGGCCGACCCAGCAGCAGCAGCUUGUUCCCAAUUUGAAUUUGGCCCAUUUGCAGGGCACUACAACUGUCACAAUGAGAACCACCAGUAGUAGCUUGACUACAUCUUCCCCCACUCCCACUAUCCUGGUUCCUGUGCCAACAACAGCUAUCAGUCUGUCUACACCACUCCACGGGCCUCAAUGGGUGACAGGAGCAUGGAUGAUCUGCUCCAGGACUUGUGACACUGGUUGGCAGAGCAGGACAGUCCAGUGUAAGGACCAUGGCGGCAAACUGUCCAAGGGAUGUUUGCUGAAUUCUCGUCCCUCUGCUUUUAAACACUGUCUUGUUAGAAAGUGUUGAAAUGACAGGAGGAGGGGGAAUAGGUUUUGUAGGACGACAAAAGUUGACCAAUAAAAUGAUCAAGUGCUGCGUGUUGGACUAGUCACCAAUGAAUUUAAGACCUUAAACCUUAAUCAGGACUGUGAAUGUUGGACCAAGUCUCACAGAGACUCUGCUUGAAGAAUGUCUCAGAAUCAGAUUUGCAGAGCACAAGUUAAGCAACAACGUGUUUGUUUUGUAGUCAAGGAUUUGUGUUGCAUGUUACUGACUCAACUUUGUUUCAGCAUCCAAAUGUUGCUCGUCUUUUUGUCUUCAGUUUGUGUGUGUGUUUUGAGUCAUACUGUAUAUCUUCCUAAAUAAGGGAGAGAUACGUCAUUCGCCCUCCAGUUUAUGUCAUUGCUUUGAUUGUCCAGCUAUCAAGGGAUUGGGGCAGAUGCUGACCAACAAUGGAUGGGGAACCCCAGACAUUCGGUGUUUAAAUGGUGCUUUAUGGUCUGUUAUGCACAGUAAUAUACUGUAGUACAAAAGUUUAUUAAAGUCGAGACUUGCUCAGGUUCUCUGAGUUCAUUUGUUCUGCAGUAACUCAGAAGAAUUUUCUUCCUUACGACACGAGCGUUGAUUGCGCUAAUCCCCUGCAGAUUCUAAAGAACAGAACAGCGUUCUUUCAAAGUCAGCUGUUGGGGAGGGGCGGGGGGAGCAUCCAUGACUGUCCUUAAGAUUCACUCUCAUGGACAUUAGAGACGGAUCACUUAUUCUGCUUCAUUUUUGAAGUGUCUAUGUGUGUGCAUGUGUAUGUGUGUCUGCUUACAUGCAUUGAAAGUGACAGAAAAAUGCAAACAAAGACAAGACACUGGGAAAUUUCCAUUGGUGUGCACUCCCUUCAAGCAGGGUACACACAUGCCAAUAAUUAGGCUGAAUAUGAGCAUUUGAAGCCACUGCUAAUAAAAAUCAGUGCAAGGCUGAUUGUUGGAUUUCUCUGAAAGAAGAGUGAUAUGGUUCUAUGUGUGGUGUGCUGUGGUGGUUUUCUCAAUUACACCACACACAAGGAGGGCAGCUAGAGACACAUGGUGAUCUUUUCUUUUUCGUCAUCAUGUCAUCACGUCAUCUGGCAUUAUUAAAAUUGUAAAAAAAAAAAAAAAAAAAAAAGAUUUUCAAAGUCAGUAUGUGUGUAUCCUGCUUUACACUUUGCAAUUUAACAACUCAAUGUAAAGCUUCUUGGACAAUAGAUGAUUUCAAUGUAUGUGUUAGUAUUCAAAGCAAAUUGCAGAGCCAUAUACACAUUUGUACACCUCACUGAAACACACCGUGUUCCUUUGAGGAAAGCCCUUUCGCUGAACAGCAAAAACAGCACUGAGCUUGUAAUUUAUUGUUUGUACAACUACUAUGUGUGAAUAACAAAGCAACGAGAUGAGGUUUAUUUAUUGCAGUAAUUUUGUAUCAGAUUACUAUUUAACAUAGAACUAUGCAGAAUCCUCAGUGUAAGACUCUAGUGUUUCUUUUCUAGUCGUGUCAUGUACAUAAAAUAUCUAUAUUUAAUUGCCUUGUUGUAUGUCAUUUUUGUUGUUGUUUUGCAAUGCAAACACUUCACAAAACACUGUAUAACAAAAUUCAGAGUUUUUACCCAAAGAAUAUCAUUUACCUUUCCCAUGUACUCUACAUCCAAGUAUCCCCUUCAUGUACUGUACUGAAAUUUUGCAUAGGGACGGGAAAUGGACUUGAAAAGUAAAUGGCAAAGAUGAAUAUACAGGCACACAACAAACAACAAUGUUGUAUUUGUAAUUUUUCAGUUUUUGAUGUGAGUAUAUUUUUUGUGGAACAGUUGAGUAGCUGUAGAGCAUUGGUCUCACAGUUCUCAUGACCGGGGUUCAAAUCCCGGCCCCACUUGUGUGGAGUUUGCAUGUUCUCCCCGUGUCUGCGUGGGUUUUCUCUAGGCACUCCAGAUUCCUCCCACAUCCAAAAAAA